UCCUUCCAGGUCUGCAGCGAGCGUGAAGGACAAAGGCAAAAUGUGCUCGCUAAAAGCCAUAAUAUCGUGUGGCAUCUUAUUGGCCGUCAUGGACAUCUUCCAAGGGUUAAUAACUCUCGGAUGGUAUGGCUACCGCUUCGUGUCCUAUUACUUCUAUCUGUGCCCCAGAGAGCUGCCCAUUGACCAGUGCCACGCAGAGAAAUAUCACUACGAGCAAUUGUACACCCUUCGCACCUACAUCGGCAUCGGCGAAGGUGCCGUGACCCCGAUCUUUGCUGCUAUUUACAUCGUUGCUCUCGUCAGGCAUAAGCCGUGGCUCGCCUGGUGCUGGCUCAUCAAGGCCUUCGGCGCCCUGGGGAUCAACGUGUACUUCCUCAGCCAGUGGCUCAUCAGGCUCAAGAACUUCGAUCAUCUGAGAACCAUCAGGCCGGCUUACGACCAACAGUUCCUGUGGAUAGGAAUCGCGCUGACGCUGGCCGAGGUGGUCAUCCUGCUCCUCUUCUGCCUCGUCGGGGGCCUCUUCACGUACAAGGUCUGCGAGGAGCGCCGCAGGAGCAGGCGCAGUCUGCACCGCAUCCACAAGAUGGGUCGCCACGGCCGCGCCACGGCGCCGCCCCUCGACGGCUACGACGACGAGUCGUCGAUCGUGCGCGCAAACAUCGAGGAGCAGUUCCUGAACCACGGCCUCCACGACUCCACCAACAAACUGCCUCUCCCCGGCUCCACCAGCAGCAUGGACGAGGUCGGGCAAGCCAGCACGCUGAGGGCGCCCACGCAGGUCUAGGCGCCGGAGAGGCCGCCCUUGCCUCCGACGGCCGUCCGGGGAGGCCGGGCUGCCCUCUGCGAGAAGUGUUCAGCCCGCCUGCGACGCGACGGGAUCUGAGGGAGGCGCUGUGGCUACGGGCCGCCUUCAACCCGAAGGCUUCGGCUG